AUGAGUUUUGCGGGAGGUUAUUCCAUAACAUCAGGUGAUGUUGUGAAAGUGCUACACCUUCUUCGCGAUAAUGGUGUUAACGUUCACAACUCAAAAAAGGCAUACGAAGAAUUGCAACGGUAUCAAUCGGACUCAACGUUCUUCGUGUUGUUAUCAUAUUUGUUCGGUGCGGAAACAUGCCCGGUUGACGUUGACCUCGGCGGCAACUGGGUACAGUACAGGCGGUUGGCUGGGAUUACCCUAAAGAACAACUUGGAGCGGUGUAAGCUUGCUUUGGGUGAAGCGGCUAUAAGGGAGGCGGCUGGCUGUUCACUAGCUGUUCUUGUUAACCCGACAGAUGUUCGAAUCGCCCGCGUAGCUGCUCAAAUUGUUGUAAAGAUAACAGUAUUAACCUCAUUUAGCUGGUGGGAGGAGUGUGGGCUGGGUAAUCUCCCUAACACACUUCUAAACGACCUGCUGAUGGCGGGAGAGGUGAAGACCUUUUCGGCUUUAUAUACCCUUCAGUACCUUGUGGAGGACCUUCCAGAAGAGGUAGGUCUUGCAAGUAAGGAUAUUAUUGAGCGUGUCGCAGUACUUGUCUUGGACCCAAACGCCCAAUGGGGUGUCCGAAAGGCUGCUUUUCGUAUGUGUUCGAAUAUGUAUGAACAAGCACAAUCCCUUGACUGGAACGUAGAGAGCUUGUCACCUCUACAAAUCGGACUGACGAGCGGCAGUCGUACUUUCACUAACCUUUGUUGCCUGCUUUCUGAACAGAAUUGUGGAGGUGACGUUGAGCUAAAAAUACAAGUAUUCCGCUCUUGUGGUGUGAUGCUCGACUACUUGGAAUACUUUACCCCUAUGCCAGAAUCCGACAUGGCUAGGUUCAUUAAAUGCUGGAGCAGGGAUACUAUUUGCACUAGUGUGUCGGCUGGAAUUGUAACUGAACACGACGUCCAGUUAAAAAUUUCCGCAAUAGACCUCUUAACGCUAACAAUGGAGAUGUACGACAAGAUGGGAGGUGAGGGUUACAUAUGUGCUCUCAUUCAACCUCUAAUUGAGUCACUGCCGAGUCUUGUGUCUGCUUUGGUAACUUAUGUACCCAUGACAAGGGAAGAUGUGGAGAAUAUUCUAUCUGAGGACGACUGCAGCAUGAGGGACCCGGCAGCCGUUGAUUUCCAUCUAAACGAGCAAAAGUAUGAUAUAUCUGAGGAUUCUGCGCUCGACGAUAACCAUGGAACUGCAACGUUGCGUUCAACAGCACUCCGUUGCAUAGAUGCUCUUUGCGUUCUUUCGAGCAAGCAAACAUUCCCGCACCUGAUCGAAAAAGUUAAAGCCUUGUGGGAUGGCGAAUGGCAGUACAAGGAGGCAGCUAUCGUUCUUGUCGGUGCAAUGGCUAACGGUUGCUACGACGAGAUUGGUGAUACACUUCCGGCUGUUGUUGAGCAGUUGAUAUCCGCCGUUUUAUCUCCAUCUGAAAAUAUUUUUGUUGUGAGCAUGUCGCUGUGGUCAUUGUCACGGGUUUUGGAAUGGACAUACGCACAGGAUGACAGCACCAUCAGCAAAAUUAUCAAUGCAUUUGCGUCUCGCCUGCAAAGCAGGAGCAAACGUGUCCGUCAUGCCGCUGUCACCGCUAUCAACACCGCAUUCAUGACAGCCCAUACUAUGGGCACUACCGAAAAAGUUACAGGUGAUCUCCCGUCUUUGAUCGAGAUGGUUAUCAGUUGCCUGCCGUUCUAUAACGAUGGUAAUCUUUUCAUUCUUUGUGAUUUGGCCAUGCACCUAGCUGCGCUAUCAGAGGAUCAGAAUACCGUGGCGCUUUUGAGUGCUGCAUUCAGGGCGAACAGAAUUGAGCGCACCAAGGGGUUUGAGACUACGUAUGUAGCUUACUAUAUUAAUGAAACGCCAAACGUGUUUGUCGAUAAGGAUGUUUUUUCAGUUGAUCGGGCUAUUAUCGGAAUGUUAACGAGAUUUCCUGAUCCUGCAGUUUCUCUUGAGCUGCUUGAUGCGUGGAGUGUAGUAUUAAGGGACAUCAUUGAGAGGAAUAUUAGGGACGAUAUCAGCCUGCUACUCAACGUCCUUUUUAUCGCUGCGAAUUGCGCCAAUGUAACUCCAUCGAGUUCCCUUGCUGGUUGGUGUUCUCGUACUCAGGGAUGCAUUGCCGUACUGGCAUUUCAACUUUUUAAUCCAUCGGAGGAGUUAGCAGUUCAGGUGGCUGCUGUCACCCUUCUUCAUCGACUAUUAAAAAAUGCCGGCACUUGUGCUUUUCCUCAGGGAAUAGUAGAGGAGCUUCUAGGAAAACUGACGUCUUCCGUAAUUACAGCUGGUGACCUACAAAAUAAGCUAGAAUUUGUAUACUUAAUUAUGCUGAUGGUGAAGUCGUAUUCGCACGAAUCCCCAAACGGUGUAUUCUGCGCAUUUAAGGCGGCUGUUGAUGUGCUUCGAAGCGACGCCUUUAGUGAAUCUCAGUUGCUGUUCUCCCAGAUGGCGUUCGAAGUAUGUAGUGCCCUGGAAGCGGCACCUGGUCUUGUAGUGCAUGCGCGACCAGAUGUUAUUACCCGAAUUAUAACGGAGUGCGAAAACGCAUACGAUAAGUCUGUUGCAACGAUACAUCUAGUAAAUGUUCUUUUAGCAGUGGAAGAUGUCGCGCGUGAUAUCCUGCCCGACGUCAUGAGGCUUGUUUACAGCUGGAGGCAGUCGGCUUGUAACUUCCCGGGAACACACGAGAGCAUCAAAUUAUUGCUCUCAUUUUAUAGCAACAAGCACUCAUCUUUGCUAAGGGAGCAGCUGGGACUCGUGGAUUCUAAUAUUCGUGAAAUGGUGAUAUCUUCAUAUGGACUCAUUUGUUGA